AUGAACGAUCCUGGUCUCGAUGAUGCCAUUGCCGACGAGGCAGUGGCUCUCGAUCGCACCUCCAGCUCUCCAAAUCAGAAGCAAGAUGAAAGCGAUAAGUCCUUGCAACAUGAUGCCCAGUACCAGCAAGCUGCGCGUUGGUGGCUCGCAAGUACGGCAUACCCUCUGGUAGCUGGCACUUUCGGGCCGAUGGCUAGCGCUUUUAAUAUCUGUUCUUUGUCACAGCCAUGGCGAAUGGACCUCGCCAGCAGCGGUGGGACAGAUAUCCCGGAUCCAAAAUGGGUCACCGCUAUCAACGCAAUAUCACUUGUCUUUGCACUUAUCGCCAACCUAGCCCUCUCGCUCAACAUGGCCCGACGCAUUCGUUUCGAAACUGCUCAGCCAAUCAUCAUCGUAGGGUGGUACAUCUCAUCGACGUUCUUAAUCGCAAUCUUGAUUCCCUUCGGCGUGGAUAUGUACAAGCCCGAGAACAACGGCCGAAUCUACUCGCAGAGUUACUACUACGGCGCAUUUGCGGCAGGGUUGUAUUUUAUCAUCGCAUCAUUGAUGGUAGUGACUGGAUAUGGCGCCUACCGUGGCUGCUACAGCCGAAAAUACAAUCUGACUACUAGUCAACGAACACUCAUGCUGCAAACCAUCAUUUUCUGCUUCUACCUUCUCGGCGGUGCAGCCGUCUAUUCCAAGAUCGAGGGGUGGCGCUUCCUGGACGCAGUAUACUUUGCAGACUACACACUGCUCACCAUCGGCGUGGGUAAUUUCUCGCCCAGUACGCACCUCGGCCGAGGUUUGCUUUUCCCAUAUGCCAUCGGUGGUAUUAUUAUUCUAGGUCUUGUCAUUUCCUCCAUACGUACGCUUAUGUUGGAAAAUGGCAAGCAAAAGAUUGGUAAUAUAUUGACAGCACGCACGCGCAAGUACCUUCUCAAAGAAGCCUUCUCGGACCGUUCUCGUGCUGACGGUAUUAUUCCCUCGCUCGGGGAGAAGGGUGCCAAAGCUGAAGGCCGCAGUGAGCGGGAGCAGCGCAAGCGAGAGUUCAUAGCCAUGCGCCAGGUGCGUGAGCUGGCAAACGUCCAACACAAAUGGCUCUCGCUCUUGGUUUCCUUUUUGCUUUGGAUGACGAUAUGGCUGAUCGGAGGUGUGGUCUUUUGGCGCUCGGAGUCAAACGCAAAGUGGUCGUACUUUGAGGCUCUAUAUUUUGCAUACACAAGUCUUCUAACAAUUGGUUAUGGAGAUUUGUAUCCGAUCAGUAGUUUGGGUAAAGCCUUCUUCGUUUUUUGGUCCCUGCUUGCCGUUCCUACGAUUACCAUUCUCAUCUCCAAUCUUGGCGAUACCGCCAUCCGAUUUAUCCGUGACAUUACGCUAUUCAUUGGCGAGCUUACUAUUCUGCCCGGUGACCAACCCUUCAUGGAUAGACUCAAGGCAAUAACUCACAUCUCCUGGGUCGGGUGGUGGAUGGAAGAAACGACGGGCGAAAAAGAAGGCGCAGAACGGCACGCAAACAAAAAUAACGAUCCCGAUAAACAAAAAAACGACAAUAUUUUCGACGUAAAGGAAGACAAGAAAGAAGAGUCCCCCACGCAGCACGACACCACCGCCGAAAACAUCCACCAAUACCUCCACCUGCUCUUCCGAGAGCUGCGCAAAAUGACUGAUUACGCCAGCAAUACUCCGUCCCGGAAAUUCGACUAUCUGGAAUGGGAGUAUUAUAUCCGUCUGGUCGCAGGAGAUUACAAACCCGAUAUUCUUAGGGAUAAAGCCGAUGAUAAACAGGCGCAAGCAGUGCGAGGGUGGAGUUGGACCGACAAGCAAAGUCCUUUGCUUGCUGAAAAGAGUGAGGUUCAGUGGUUGCUUGGGGAGUUGACUGAGGUACUUGAUCGGGAAUUAAGUAGGGCAAGUCGAGGUUAUUAUGUCCCCGAGAGGGCAAAGAAGGGAAAAGACGAUCAGAUCAGUUGUAGAGAAGAAUGA